CUUCAGUUACCUACAGGAAUGACUGAUGAACGCUCCGGCCCAUUUUUUCCAAACUUAUACAUUGCUGGGGAUAAAAUUGGUAAUAAACCCCAAACUAUACCUGAUUUACAUUUACCUGGCCAGUCAGCCCGGUUCAGUGGCAAAACAUCUUUUAAUCCAUUUACACAAGCGGUAUCAGCAGUUUUUACAGAGGAUUUAGCUGAUUCUUGGGGUGCUGGUUUCGGAGUCCAUGGUGUGAACAAUUUAGGGUUGAAUAUAAGGGAUAAUUACGAUGCACUGAGUGGUUUACAACACAUGCAAAACGAUGUAUCCUACCAACCAUUCAUUACAGGCUUUUCUGUUGGAGCUGAAUAUGAUUACAUUAAAAUGAGAGAAGUUACAGGUUAUCUCGAUCUACCAGUUUUGGGAGUCAACGAAAUUUUUGAUUUUGAAGGAAGUUUAUUAGCCAAAAAUUUUGGUCGUGGCAUACUGCAAGGGAAAUUGGAUUUCCCACUAACAUUAUCGGAUCCAACAGAACGAAUGCCAUUAAGUCUGAAAUAUUUAAAUUUCAUGGCGGAUCGUCAUAUGCAUUAUGGUCACAUUGUCCCAAAUGUCAACUUAUUCUUGAUUCGAAAAAAAGAUAUUAUGGAACGGUUGAUACGAAACAAAGCAAACGCAGCACUUAUUGGUUGA